GUGUGUGUGUGUGUGUGUGUGCGCGUGUGCGUGCGCGCGUGUGUUCCUAUCAGGGAAUAAUGAACUCAAGAUGUAUGAUAGUGGUACAGAAGAUAAGUUACUACAUUCAGGCAGGACCAGUGGCACAGAGGGAGAGACGGAUGACGAGAGGGAAAGUAGUCCAUCGAUCACUGACACUGAUCAAGUUGUCAAGGAAAUGGGGCGAGUUGCUUUUAUGCUUCUGAAUUUCACCUUGCUCUCCCACUUUCAAGCAGAUCUUGCCGCCACUCCUCUCUUCAUGUUUUGUGUGAAGUAUCUGGGGAGAUGUUAUUGACGGGAUGAGUGCAGAACUUUAACAAUGAAGUGUUCUGCCACUGAACACCAUAAACCACAACCUUGUUGAAAAUCAUGAAAAUAUGCAGGAAUGUUUAUCACUCCCCCGGAUUUAGCUCCAGUAUCUGAAUUCUGUGUGUUAGAGCAACAACGUGCACAAUGAUAAGUAUAUUAUGUGGUAAAUGAAGAUGCUACUGAAUUCUGAGUGUGCUGCUGAGUAAAUGUAGCUGGAUGUCAAAGUAUGAUGAGUCUAAGAGGUAAAUUUAGAACAAGCAGAACCAAAGUUGCGCUCGCUUUUAAUCAUUUGUGGCUUCAUGCAGAAACAGCGAAUGUGUAACUAGGGUUCAUAUGGUUCUAUGUGCAUAUGUAUGCCUGUCUAAAAUGAUCCUGGUGUGUUUUCUUCUUCUCCUCAGCCUCGCCAUGCAGUGAAGCUUUUGUCAGUUCUGAAGUACAUGGCUCACAGGAAUGGCCCCGACUCAUUCUUCAGCUUUCCAGGGAAAAAUGCAGCUGCUAUAGCUCUGCCUCCUAUAGCAAAAUGGCCGUACCAGAAUGGGUUUACAUUCCACACAUGGCUCCGCAUGGAUCCUCUCAACAACAUCAAUGUAGACAAAGACAAGCCUUACCUGUACUGUUUUCGCACCAAUAAAGGCAUGGGUUACUCUGCACACUUUGUGGGUGGAUGUUUGAUAGUGACCUCAUUAAAAACGAAGGGGAAAGGAUUCCAGCACUGUGUAAAGUACGACUUCAAACCACAGAAGUGGUAUAUGGUGACUCUCGUUCACGUCUACAACCGCUGGAAAAACAGUGAGAUUAGCUGCUAUGUGAAUGGCGAACUGGCUUCCUUUGGAGACAUCGCCUGGUUUGUCAACACCAGUGACGUAAGUAGCGACAAUUUCAAACAUCAUUUGCUAUUUGCGAAUCACCCAGUAGGGACCACCACAAGCUCACAAGAUCUGAAUACAUUCUUACGAAUAAUAUUUUAAAGGAGCAGUUUGACAUUUUUCAAAUGACUCCCAUUUGCUAUUCUUGGAUGAGAAAAUUGAUACCGCUCCCGUGUCUGUCAAGGUUAAUAUUAAGCUGCAGCAGAUUAGUUUACCAGCCUGAAGAGUGCAAACGGUGGAAGUCACUGCACCAAGAAACAGGCUCACACGCCCCCUUAAACCACAAGUUUGUGUUGUUUUUACUCUUACUUUACUCAUUAAACAAACAAGAUAUGACAUGGUGGUAUCGUUCUUCUCGUCUAACACUUGGCAAGAAAG